UUCACCGCGGCUCCCACAGUGCUGAUUCCCGUGGCCCGUGGCUGUGCCACUGCCGCUGUUUCCCUCAACAUGGCGACCUGGAGAGACGGUCUCAGUGAAAUAGAGCGCGAGAUGUUCGCGUAUAGCGAGUCUGUUGGAUUGUCGCCGUACUCGCAUACGCCUGAAAAGCGCGCGAGAAAAGUUCGGUUGCCGAAUGAGGAAGACAUGUCGGCACAGCCCGAUCCCAGUCCGGACCCAGAUGCAUGGCGUCUGGUCACCACGGCAUGGUGCUCUUGUAAGAGGUGCGAGGUGAUGCCAACAUCGAGGGAAUGCGCUUGCUGCCGAGAAUGCCCGCCUGCUGUAACUGCUCAACCGAAGGGAUGCGUGACAGAGCACGCAGACUUUUCGCUCAUUUGCCUUCAGCCUGCCGUGCUCCGAGUAGCCUUCUGGGCACUACAAGAGGCUGGUCACAACCCGGCGCAAGGGAACAGAGACAAUCUUGGACGAAACCCGAACCUCAUGCUCAAGGACACAUGGGUGCAAGCGUGCCAAGCCGAAUACAAAGACAAAGAAAUGGCAACCACGGCAGGCAAGGGUACAUCAGCAACUCCAGAAAGUCAAGGUGUCAACCUCGACACGACCAAGCUCUUGAGGUCGUCAGAAGCAACGCGGGACUCAGUCUAA